UCCAUCCAUCCAAUAGAAAAAAUAAUAAUAGAAACAGAAUUAACAGGUAACUGGGUUAUUUUGUGGGUUUGGACUUUUAGAUUCAAUAGAUGCAGUUUAAGAUAAUAGGAAUUCAGAACCAAAAAACUGAUUAACUAUUGCAGAUAUAAGUUCGGCAAGGGCUGUUAAUAAGCAAAAACAGAGUGCUACUGCACGGUGAAAAUACCUGGUGAAGAAAAACCCUCGUAUGAUCCAAAUGAUUUGGAAACACAAACUGGAUGUGGUGAGAUUGUUUUUUAUUGUUCGUUUUAGAAUAGCUUCCUGGUUUGUAGCAAAGUUCAAGGAUGUUCAUAUCCCUUUAGACUCACUAGUGGGUGAUCUAAAACUUGCUGACUUGGUGGGAAGACAGGGUAAUGGUAACUCUACACCAAAUUGUUGGGUUCCUCCUCCGGAUGGGUUUUUAAAGCUUAAUGUUGAUGGAGCGAUGGCAAAGGGUUGGGAGAAGGGAGGUAUUGGUGGACUGAUUAGGGACAGCAAAGAUUCAAGCAAUGCUCUGAAAUGGAUCAAGAGUCCGGGUUCAUGCGCUCCUAUGUUUCAAUUAUUGGUGAAGGAUAUAGUUCCUCUUAUGGCAGGGAAGGAUAUCAUUAUCAAGCACAUUUUGAGGGCUGCAAAUUGGGAAGCUGACAAAUUAGCUAAAGAUGGGAUACGGUGAUGUUAUGGUUUCUGUCUGUUUCGGUGGAGGUGUAGGAAAUUUACUUCCUAUGUUUAGCUGUUGUGUUUAAGUUUUAUGUAAUUACUGGUGGUGUUAGCAGAU